AUGGUCAAAGAUCGGGCGGUAAAGGAAGCUUACUUGAGCCAGCCUAGUGGUCGGAGACCAGUAGGUCGGCGUAGGUACCGCUGGAUCGACAGCGUGAAGGACCUGCUGCAGCUGAAAGACAGCACUUGGCGGGAGGUGGCAAAGGAUAGGGUGCGCUUGAAUUUUCUAAUUUCGGAAACCAGGACGCAUUUUGGGUCGCAAAACUUAAAAACUCAAAAACUUCUUUAUUGGAAUAAAGGCGAAUUUAAGUUACUCGACGUGAGACGUCUAAGAGAAGUCACGAUCAGUGAAAGACGACCUUUGUUAAGUUUUUUUGCAGUAACGUAA